AUGGGUUUCGUUUAUCUUGCCAUCAAGAUACCGAAGGCUAUUACCAUCGCAUUCUUCGUGAACUUAGUAAACCAUCUGAAAUUCAUGGUUAUAGGGGCACUCACUCAUCUGGGUCUGUACAAACCACCACCAGAAGAAGAGAAUUCCAGGGAUAAUUGGAACAAUUAUAUUCUGAUAUUAGAUGGGCCAUCUCCAUCAUUAGUCCCAAUCCCAGUCCACGUCGUAACAGAACCAUCAGGAAAGAGAGUCCCAGUAGUCCAUUACGGCGAUUUCCUCGAAAGAUUUGGAGCAAAGGAAGCUGGAGGAAAG